AUGAUUUCAUCAUCACAAGAAAUUACUGAGAUUAAAAGAAAGCUUUGGAAUGGGUCGGUUAAUAUUAAAGUAAUAUACCAAUAUGGUAAUGACCAUAAUCAAAGAAUUGAUUAUUUAUUAAAUUGUUAUAGAAAUUCAUAUUUUCCAAUUUAUUAUCAACAAUUGAUUAAAUAUAUUAAUCAUUAUGGACAAGACUUACUGCAAUUACCCAUUUGGUUUGAAUAUGAAGGAGUACCAAUCAAAUGGAAUCUCCCAAUAGGCGUUUUGUAUGAUUACUUACAUUUACCAGGUAUUGAUAGAAAUAACAAUCUGGAAAAUGAUGGAGUGUGGGAAUUACACCUCAAGACAAGUGAAUUCCCUACUGAAUAUAUAAUUCCAUUUAUUUAUACCAAUCCUGAUCUGACAAUAAAUUAUGAACGUUCCUUAAGUGAAGUUAUAAUGAAUCAAUUAAAGGAAUCUUGUUUUGUAAUAAAUGGAAAUGCAAAACCAAUAAUGAAUUUAAGUGAAGAUAAUUCAAGAUCAUUACUUGCAUCGAUCUUAACUCAUAACUUUGGUCAAUUCACUACUAUGAGCAAGAAAAUCGUAUCUAAAACAAAAUUUGAUAGAAUUCCGCUAAAGAUCUACAUAGCUGGAUCUCUAUCAGUAAUUCAAGCACCUAUUGAUGCAGCUGUGGAAGGUAAAUCUGUUAGUUUGAGAGACGUUUUGGAUGAUCAAUUGCCUAAAUUAUUUGGUACUUCCAAGAUUGCUCGUCCAUAUAUACAUGGGAUUGAUGCGAGUGCAAUUAUGGGACUUCCUUUACAAGAUAUAUGGCAUUUAUUUAAACAUCUUGAUAAUUUUCUUUAUGUUGUUGUCCUUGUGUCAAAGUAA